CCCACUCAGUGAUCUGUGGUGUCUGGUGUGUAUCGAAAAAAAUGGUGCUUGGAUCAUUGGAUGCUCGCCGCUCGGUGCCGGCUUUUUUAAAAUUCACAAGAUGUGAUAAUCGCUAUUAUUAAUUAAUUAAUUACGGUCGUUUUUAGUCAAUGUUAUGUUAAAUUCAACUUAUUAGUACAAAUUAAGGCUUGAAACUCAUAAUACGGCCAAUACGGGUGUUUUGAAUUUACAUUAUUGUUCAUCAUACAUAGUUCAUCAUGUUAUCCCUUAUCAGCAGAAUAGUAAUAUAAUAAUCAUGAUGAAGAUUGAAAAUUAAUUUAGGAGUUCAUUCGCCUAGUAAUUCUAUUCGUGUUUUCAAUCAAGAACAUGAUUUUGGAAACCGGCUACUUUCUGAUUUGGUCCUUCGGAGUUCUAUUUUUAUUGAUCGUAUUAUAUAAUUUUGUCAAGAAUCAUUCCUUCGUGACAGUGAAUUGUUGGUUUUGUAACACCAAUUUUAGAGUACCGUUUAAGAAUAGAAAAGAAUGGUUUUGCGAGCAAUGUCUCCAGUUCAAUGGAUUCAAAGAAGAUGGCGAUUAUAGCAAAGUUCUUCCUGAACAGUUUGACGAAACUUUAAAUCGGAAAUAUGUUAAGGCGGAGAGCAGUCAAACGAGUUAUGUUUUCAAUUCGAAUGGCCUAUGCUCAUUUUGCAAUGCUAAUCAAGAGUUGAAAAUAAAACAACUCGCAUUAUACGUACCCUUCCAAGAAAAAAAUUACGACGAAGAAAUAGAAAUAUUUAGGAAAAAACUUGAAAAAUCGUACAAGUUAUGUGAAAAUUGCGAGAAUUUCGUUCACAAAAAAUUGCAGUUAAAGUCGGACCCCGGACUUAGUACCGAUGGUGUAAAAGUUUAUAAAAACGCAACAGAUCGUCGUAUCCCCGCUAGAAAAUACGUUACGAAAUCAAAAAUACUCGCAUUUCUUUUCAUGGUGAUCGGUACGGUGGUUGCGUGUGUUUUUAGAACAAGAUCGUCGAUAGAACAUGUCGCCGAAUUAUUCGCAACCUACGAUUUCGAACAAUUUCUACUGGGUGUGACGUCGCCCAUGUGUUAUGGCCCGGUUUUGGAUUACUUUUUCGUGCUCUCAACCGCAUUUCUUCCUUACAUAUUCUUAGUUAGGUUGCAGUCGAUUGUCGGCAUUUUGCUUGUGAUGUUAAGUUUGAUGAUCAGCGACGAUUUAAUUCCAGUCUGGAAGAUAUUUUCGAUCGUUGCGGUAGUUAUCGCUAUUGCGAUUAAAUCCAUUGUAAGUGAUCGAAUGAAAAGGCGUUGUACACUUCAAAAGUUGAACUACAAUUUACAAAAUAGGUUUGACCUAGAAUAUGAAAAAAAAGAAGACUGCGAAAUGAAGCGUUUGAUGGCGAAAUCAAACUCGUCGGCCAGUUUUUAUGGUAAUGCGCCGUUAUGCGGUCAGUUUUCGGAUUUGAAUUUGGGCAAAUGCGAGAAGCGUGUGCCGUCUUCGUCCAAACAGUCGCCGCCGCCGCAUUCGUUCAAAUGUGAUAAAUUGUUAAUACAGCCGUCCAAAUUGAAAAUCGACGAAUUCGACUACGCGGAUACGCUUCGUACUUCUCCCACCGUCAGCUCUGGCUACGAAUCAUUAUGCGGUGGAUUUUUCAAGAAAACGCCGGACAGUGAUUUCGAAUUCGAUAGUAUUUCGCAAGUUGAUAUCGCAACGCGCGAGCAUCUAUUCCCGAAUGUUUCGAAAAAUCAUUCGCCGCCGUAUACGCACCAGUCUCAUUUCCGGACUAUGGAUGCGUUAAGUUUCUCCGGUGGUGCUGAACGUUACUACGGAGCGAUACCGAUUCAUUCGUCGUCCUCGGUAAGGUUAUCGUCAUCAUCGCCGACAUUGGAAUCUAACCAGAAAUCUCAACUUCGAAUUAACGCUAGUAUCCCGACUUUUCAAAUUGUUUUAUACUCGAUUACCUGUUUCAUAUUAGGUUUUUCGUUUCAGAUUUUCGCGAGAGAAUUUUUUAUUUAGGUUUUUUUUUGUUCCUUAUCUAAUUUUACGCGACUCAUGUUCAUUUUUAUCAUCGUUUUGUUCGUAUUUUUUUUUCCAUUAGUUUUGUACCUUAACCAAAUUUUAAAGACUGUAUGCGUACUGUGUUGUAAACCUACCAACAAUGUUGAGACAAAUCCGGUG